AUGUAUUUUGUGUUAUUUUGCAGUUUAUUUAUUGCAGUGUGUAGUGCUGAACAGACGUACAUAGAUUUACCAGCAGAGGUAACCAACGUUCUGGUAGAAAAGUCGGUGGGCUGCAUUGCAGAAACUGGAGCAGAGUCCAAUAUUUUGCAGCGGGUUCUCCGGUGGCAGUUUGACAACAAUGAAACUAGCAAAAAGUUUGCCUUUUGCUUGUUCAAAAACUCCGGGCUGAUUGACGACGCUGGCCACUUCUACGAGGACAAAACGUUGGAAUUAUACGAAAAGAACGACCAACAGGACGAGAUUAAAAAAGUCUUUUCGGAUUGCAAUAAGAUAGUAGAUAAGGAAGGCUUCGAGACGAUGUACAAAGUGUUACAAUGCUUCUACAAUAGAUCUCCAGUUUUGGUGCUAGCGAAAACAGAU